AUGACUGCAUCUUCCAACGGCUACUCUCAGAAUGGUGCAGAUGCGCAGGAACGCCGCUUCGGCACGUUAGCUGUCCACGCUGGAUCGCCUCAUGAUCCAACCACUGGCGCCGUCAUUGCUCCUAUUUCACUCUCCACAACAUUCGCGCAAACCAGUGUCGGGAACCCCGUAGGUCUCUAUGAGUACACCAGAAGCUCAAACCCAAACCGUGAUAACUUCGAGCAAGCUGUUGCGGCCCUCGAACACGCGAAAUACGCACUGGCCUUCUCAUCCGGUUCGGCGACCACAGCUACCAUCCUCCAGUCCCUAGCUGCAGGCUCUCACGUCGUCUCGGUGUCCGAUGUAUAUGGUGGAACCCACCGAUACUUUACAAAGGUCGCCUCGGCCCACGGUGUUCAUGUAACAUUCUCGCCUUGCAUUGAAGUUGACGUGGAGGCAUUGAUCCGACCCGACGAGACCAAGCUGGUCUGGAUUGAGACUCCGUCCAACCCCACCCUUGGCUUGGUCGACAUUCGCAACGUAGCAGCCGUUGCGCACCGGCAUGGUAUCAUUGUGGUGGUUGACAACACCUUCAUGAGCCCCUAUGUCCAGAAUCCCUUGGACCACGGAGCCGAUAUCGUCGUGCACUCGGUCACUAAGUACAUCAACGGUCAUUCAGAUGUUCUCAUGGGCGUCGCAGCCUUCAACUCUGACAGCCUGAAGGACCGUCUUACUUUCCUGCAGAAUGCCAUUGGGGCCGUUCCAUCUCCUUUCGAUUGCUGGCUCGCUCACCGUGGCCUCAAGACCCUUCAUCUUCGCGCCCGUGAGGCGACGAAUAACGCUACAAUCGUCGCCAAGGCUCUCGAGUCGUCCCCUCAUGUUAUCUCUGUCAACUACCCGGGACUUGAUUCGCAUCCCCAUCGCGCCAUCGCUAUUAAGCAACACCGCCAGGGAAUGGGCGGUGGUAUGCUGAGCUUCCGUAUCAAGGGAGGCCAGAAAGCGGCUCAUCUUUUCUGCCAAUACACCAAGGUCUUUACUCUUGCUGAGAGUUUGGGCGGCGUGGAGAGUCUUUGCGAAGUCCCUUCGAGCAUGACACACGCCGGCAUUCCUAAGGAUCAGCGUGAGGCCGCUGGUGUCUUCGAUGACCUCGUCCGCAUGAGCUGCGGUGUUGAGGAUGCAGAGGAUCUCAAGGCCGAUACGCUCCAGGCUCUUGAGAAGGCUGUUCUUGCUAGCCAGCAGAUGGAGAACGGAACUAUGGAGAACGGAUCUGCUUAA